AGAUUGUUAAAUAAAUCAUCCAAGUGCAUAAAAUCACUGGAGCUUUAUCGCAUGGUGUACUAUAAGAUCCAGCUUGGAAGUGCAUGACUAGCAAGAUGUUUAGCGUACUGAUUUCAAGGGAUGCUACAUUCACUGGAGACACAAGAUUACGUCAGUGGACAAGAAUGAGAAUUUUCAACCUUACCUUCUUGUUACUUACCAUCUUAGUGAUUCUGGACGUUGGUGAAUGCGGCAAAUUCAAAGACAUUCUGGGAAAAAUCUUCGGAAAAAUAGGAGAAACGCUCCUCAAGGUUCCGAAAGUUCUCGUAAAGGCUCCGGAAAUCCUUAAACAUGUGAACGAAGCGAAGGAUAUAAUUAAAACAAUCAAAGGAUAAUUGAUAUUUUGUGCUUGAUUGCCGAUAAACCUUGACAUUGUGAC